CUCAGACGCUCAAAGUGUUUCAGUGAGAGAAGAAAGAGAGGACAGGUGAACAUGCAGCUCUUCCUGGCUCUCUGCUUUCUGCUGGGAAUCCCCAGCGGGGCUCCAGAAAUUCACUCUCUCAAGUAUUUCUACACUGCAGCCUCCAAUGUUCCAAACUUUCCAGAGUUUGUGGUUGUUGGUUUGGUGGAUGAUUAUACAAUUCUUCACUAUGACAGCAACACCAGGAGAGCAGUUCCCAAACAGGACUGGAUGAAUAAAAUCACAGAAGAAGAUCCAUCGUACUGGGAGAGGCAGACUCAGAUAGAUUUUGGAGAUCAACAAACCUUCAAGGGAAACAUUGAGAUCGUGAAGCAGCGUUUGAACCAAACUGGAGGUGUUCACAUUCUCCAGAAGAUGUACGGUUGUGAAUGGGACGAUGAAACUGAUGAAGUGAACGGGUAUCAUCAAUUUGGUUUCGAUGGAGAAGAUUUCAUCGUUCUGGACCUGAUGACAGGAACAUGGAUCACUCCAGUUCAACAGGCUGUUCCCACCAAACACAAGUGGGAAAAUAACAAAGCUUACACAUCUUAUUGGAUAAACUACCACACCACAGUCUGUGUUGAUUGGCUGAAGAAGUAUGUGGAGUUUGGUCGGAGCUCACUGAUGAGAAAAGAUCUUCCCUCAGUGUCUCUCCUCCAGAAGACUCCCUCCUCUCCGCUCACCUGCCACGCUACAGGUUUCUACCCCGACAGAGCCGACUUGUUCUGGAAGAAAGACGAGGAGGAGCUCCAUGAGGACGUGGUCAGAGGAGAGAUCCUCCCCAACCAUGACGGGAGCUUCCAGAUGAGCGUUGAUCUGGAUCUUUCAGGGCUCAAAGAUGAAGACUGGGGGAGGUACAGCUGUGUGUUUCAUCUGGCUGGAGGACAGGAAGUCUCCAAGAGACUGGACAAACGGGACAUCAGGACCAACUGGAAGACAAAUGAUGGAGGGUUUCCCACUGGAGCUGCUGCUGGAGGAGUUGUUGCUGCUCUGCUCCUCCUGACAGGCUGCAUCAUGGGACUCAUCGUCUGCUUGAAGAAACAACCUCAAGCCUCUGAAACUUCCUCUUCAUCAGGAGAAGAUCCAGCCGUGAAGAAAGGGAGCAGUGAGGAGCAGAGCAUGUUAGAAACCUCUGCAUGAAAGGAAGAGUCCAGAGAGGCUCCAGUCAUUGAGUCUGAUGGAGCAAGAGC